AUGGGCGUCAAGGCUGAGCGGGGCGGAAAUGGCCUGCCCCUAGCAAAGGAUGCGCCACAUUUCAUGCCUCUGCAUUUCGUUACGCUGCUUCCUUACAAAUUUAUUCAGAACGUACUAAACACGCAACGCAGCCGCCUCGACAAGUUCUGGACACCUGAACAAAUUGAGGAGCUCGAGGUCAACCAUCAGGACCUUGUCAAGACGUACGGUGGCAACGUCGCCGUCCGGGAGGUGAUCGACAAGCAUGACACGCACACGCUAUUAAAUGACGCAUGGCACUGUGUUCCCCGCUCAGAGCGGCUUCGCUCUUUUUAG